CCAUGCCGCGGCGCCUGCAGCAGCGGGGCGCGGGCAGCAGAGGCCCGGCUGCCGCCCGGCGCUCGCAGCCUCCCGCGGAGCCCCCCGCGGCCUCCAAGCCGCUGCUGCGCUGGGACGAGGUGCCGGAUGACUUCGUGGAGUGCUUCAUCCUGUCCGGGUACCGGCGCCUGCCAUGCACCGCGCAGGAGUGCCUGGCCUCGGUGCUGAAGCCCACCAACGAGACGCUCAACUUCUGGACGCACUUCAUCCCGCUGCUGCUGUUCCUCAGCAAGUUCUGCCGCCUGUUCUUCCUGAGCGGCCGCGACGUGCCCUUCCACCACCCGUGGCUGCUGCCGCUGUGGUGCUACGCGUCGGGCGUGCUGCUGACCUUCGCCAUGAGCUGCACGGCGCACGUGUUCAGCUGCCUGUCGCUGCGCCUGCGCGCCGCCUUCUUCUACCUGGACUACGCGUCCAUCAGCUACUAUGGCUUCGGCAGCACGGUGGCCUACUACUACUACCUGCUGCCCGGCCUGAGCCUGCUGGACGCCAGGGUCAUGACGCCCUACGUGCAGCAGCGCCUGGGCUGGCACGUGGACUGCACGCGCCUGAUCGCCGUCUACCGCGCGCUGGUGCUGCCGGUGGCCUUCGUGCUGGCGGUGGCCUGCACCGUGGCCUGCUGCAAGAGCCGCACUGACUGGUGCUCCUACCCGUUCGCCCUGCGCACCUUCGUGUUCAUCAUGCCGCUCAGCAUGGCCUGCCCCAUUAUGCUGGAGAGCUGGCUCUUCGACCUACGAGGCGAGAACCCCACGCUCUUCGUGCACUUUUACCGCCGCUACUUCUGGCUGGUGGUGGCCGCCUUCUUCAACGUCAGCAAGAUCCCCGAGCGCAUCCAGCCGGGCCUCUUCGACAUCAUAGGCCACAGCCACCAGCUCUUCCACAUCUUCACCUUCCUCAGCAUCUAUGACCAGGUCUAUUACGUGGAGGAGGGACUGCGCCAGUUCCUCCAGGCGCCGCCCGCUGCGCCCACCUUCUCCGGCACGGUGGGCUACAUGCUGCUGCUGGUGAUUUGCCUGGGCUUGGUCAUCAGGAAGUUCCUCAACAACGCCGAAUUCUGCAGUAAAAAGUGAGCCUCCGUCCUGGAGGAGGCUAUGGUUUGCCCUCCUAUUUGCUUGAAGUUUCCGUUGUUGUUAUUGUUGGUUUGUUUUUCAAGUUUUGUUGUGUUUCCUUCUUUGCUAGCGGAGGGUGCUGCAAGCCACUAGGGAUAAAGGCCCUUGGCUAGUAGGGGAUUCCAGUUCACUGGCCUUUGGAAGAGGAGGAUUGGGGACGAAGCAGGAGGAAGAGGGCCUCUGGAAAAUCAGGUAGUGUCUAUGAGGCCCAGGGAUUUUGCAAAGACAGUAAAGAAAAUUCCAGAUAGAACCCCAAGCCGUUGGCUUUUCUGAUAGUCUUCUGUGUCCGAGGUAAUAGCAGGUAACCCUAAUAAGUCAGGUAGGCAGUAAAGACGAUAAACAGGCAAAAUCCCUGGGUACUGCCAAGCAUCGAGAAAUGCUUGGGUUUGUCGAAAGAAUGGAGCUUUCUUUGUGGGAAAAUGGGCACAAGGACACAAACCCAGGGCAUAACCUGCUAGAAAAUGCAUGGAAUGUGAACAAAAAUUAAUUAUUUCACAAUGUUUCUCAGAUGUUAUUUAAAUGAUAAUAUAUACAAUGAUUUUUCGUAAUUUAUCAAAGCCUGUGAUAUGCACUGAAUUUUCUUUGUCACAUAGUUUUGAUUUCAUAGCCUUCAGCAUUGCACACAUUCGAGCUGGACAUUAGGGCAAGAGGCUUGAGCGUUCUCUACUACAUUUUUAAAACAGUGUUUUCUGAACGCCUAUGAGUGUCAUGAUAAAACUGUGAAUGACUGCUUAGGAACUCUGAUUGGACUACGGGUGAGGAGCUUGUGUGUUUGUAUAUGUCUCCAAUUCCUACUUAAUGUAGUACACAAAACCCACCCUGGGUUUUUGUUUUGUUUUAUUUUUGAAUCUCAUUCUUUCCUCUCUAUUUAUUUAAACUGCCACGGGAAUAAAUGUGCCUUUUGAAGUAAUG